AAAAGUGAAAUCGAAAAUGUGAAUUGAACGUCCAGGUCUUAUCAGGUUUUGUCAGUGCUUAAUUGAACUAAAUAAAAAAAUAUUCACUUAAAUUUUAGUGCAAAAAUGAGUAUCAGCUUAUGAACUUGCUCAGAUUUUUGUAAUAUCAAAGUGCCAAAUUUACUUUAAUAAAUAACAACGACAGUUUUGAUCACAUUUCUUACACAUUGUACUUACAAUAAAAAAGGCUUAUUUACCUGUGCAGGUCGUGUUUUCGUGCAGUCGAAUCGAAUAAUUCGUCAAGACCAGUAGUGCUGUGAAUUUUAUCAAAUUUGAGGGAAAUAUCAACGAGUUUUGACACGCAAAUUCGACAUUAAAAUGUGUCCACUUUUCUUUCUUCUACUCUUGUGUCUCUGUUUUUCGCCGCUGUUGGUUUUUUGUUCAGCUGUCGGGUUAAUAUCAUGUAAAGCCACAUUUAAACCAGACAAGUUAUCAUUGGCCAUGGAUUCCUUCAAUACAAUUGAGCUUACAUUAGAAGAUAUUGCACAGGAUUUGAUUGUGAAUGACAUGGCGGAAAUGCAACUUAUUAGCCAUAACAAGGAUCGAGUAGAAGUUGAUGAAAGUUUCCAGAAAAUACAUGUAUCUCUUAGUAGAAAUUGGUCAGGAAAUGUGACACUCAAAGGUAUUCUUUUGGGACAGAGUGAAAUAUAUGUGCAAUUGAAAGUUCCGAAUUCUAUUGAAACAAGGAGAGCAGAUGGUUUUUUGGAUGUGAUUGUGACUCGACAUAAAAGAACUAUAGAUUAUAUAUUUACGGGCACAGUAGCACUACUUGUGUCAAUUUUGUACAUAAAUUUUGGAGCUGCAUUGGAUUUGAAUGUUGUUAAAAAAAUUUUGUUACGACCAUAUGGCCCUGUCAUUGGCUUUUGUGGACAAUUUUUGUUGAUGCCUCUAAUUGCAUAUUUUCUAGGAAUUUGGUUAUUUCCUUCUGCGCCAGAACUCGCGCUCGGUCUCUUCUUCACUGGAAUUUCUCCCGGUGGUGGGGCGUCGAAUGUUUGGACUGUGAUACUUGGGGGUAAUAUGCAUUUAAGUAUUACGAUGACGGCUAUCUCAACAUUCAGCAUGUUUGGAAUGAUGCCCCUAUGGCUUUUUACAUUGGGAAAGACAAUAUUUGAUAAGGCAAAAAUGAGUGUUCCUUACACCAAAAUCGCAACUUUUGCGAUUGCCUUAAUUGUUCCCCUGGGAAUUGGACUUUUGAUUCAAAAGUAUUUACCACGCGUUAGUCGAAUACUUGUACGAAUUUUGAAACCUUGCAGUACAGCUUUAAUUAUUUUUAUCGUCGUUUUUGCUAUUUAUACCAAUGUUUAUUUGUUCAAACUUUUUUCGUGGGAAAUAAUUUUAGCGGGCAUGGGAUUACCCUGGUGUGGAUAUUUAUUUGCUCUAAUUUUAGCAACCCUUCUACGACAACCGUCAUCUGAUUGUCUAGCUAUAUCAAUUGAGACAGGAAUACAGAACACAGGAAUCGCAAUUUAUUUAUUACAAACAUUAGAACAGGCCGACUUAACGAUUAUUAUACCGGUGUCCGUUGCAAUAAUGACCCCAUUUCCACUCCUUGCUUUAUAUAUCGGUCAAAAAAUAAGAAAUGCUUGUUGUACAACAGAUCGAAUGAUAUUACUUAAUGAGGGCAACAACUCUACGCCACUACAUUCGAUUGCCGCUGACACUACAAUUGAAAAGCCAGAAUUAACUUAAAUAAAAAAAAGUAUUUUGAUCAUUUUUUUAAUGUACAAAAAUAUUACGCGUUAGAAUAGAAAUUGUUGUAAUUUGUUGUUUACAUGCUUACAUGAUGUAAUUUUAUAUGACAAUUAAUAAAAAAAAUAUAAUAAUCAUAAAUAUUUUCCUACAAC